AUGGGGACUAAAAGAGUGUCGGAAAAAGAAACACACGAUAAGAAGCCCGACAAGGCGGAUGCGAAGCGAGAUGCAGAGGGUGGCCUGUCUAUUCAAUUUCAGCUUAUCCAGCUCCAAAGACUUACUCAAGAUCUACUCGCUCAAUCCGAUCUUAUUGAAAGCGUCGAAAAGGAUAAUAGCAAGGAUAUCAUAAAGGGAUUGAAACGCAUAAAUAAGGCAUUCGGAAAUUCAGAAAAUAUACCAUUAAAUCCUACCAAACAGUUGCAGCUUCCGUCCAUACCUAGCAAUUUACCUGCACCAGCGUCCGCACGACAGGAUGUGAACCUACCACUCCUACCUCCCAUCAAGGACGAGGGCCUAAAGUCCGCUGUAUUUACACACACUGGUAUCGUGGAACGGGGCCCAGGAUCUUCACUAUGCUCAGAGAAAUCAUACGAUAGGCUAGAGGUCCUAGGAGAUGCAUAUAUCGAACUCAUCUCGACCCGGUUAAUAUGGGAGAAUUUUCCUACUUUACCCGCCGGCAAAAUGGCACAAGCUCGGGAAACCAUGGUGAAAAAUGAAACAUUGGCUCAGUAUGCAACGGCCUAUGGCUUUGAUGAGCUGCUGAAGACCACAUCGGAUUAUCGGAGUGUCCCGAAACGUUGGACAAAAAUAAGGGGUGAUGUUUUUGAGGCCUACGUUGCUGCAGCGAUUAUAUCCGAUCCCAAGGAUGGCCUUCGGGCAGUAGAAAGCUGGCUAACGCAAUUAUGGCUACCGAAGCUUGCGGAUGUGAAGCUUCCUUUACCACCAGCAGGACCAGAACAUGGCAACAAGAUCUCCUUUAAAGACAAACUUGCAGCCACCGUUAUGAGCAAGGGGAUUCGGCUGCAGUACAUUGAUGAGAAACCUCCUCAGCGCGAGGGAGGACUGGUUACUUCAUUCAUUGGUGUUUACCUUACUGGAUGGGGCUACGAGAGGAAACAUCUAGGCUCCGGAAGCGGAUUGAGCAAGACGGAAGCUGGUAAUGAAGCUGCUCUCCGAGCUUUGAACAAUCGGCCUCUGAUCGACCAGAUCAAUGCAAAGAAGCGGGAAUUUGACGAGAAGACGGCCGCUCAGAGGGCCGCAGCAGCAGCAUCCAAGACAACAGAGACAAGCUAA